AUGGGUGGGGCGAGGCCGCCGCGCCACGUGAGGCCGCGGGUGCGAGGCGAGGGCGCGCAGGGCCCCGAUCCCGGUCACCGGCCCCCGCGUCCGCGCCGCGAGCUCGGGACUCACCCCCGGGGCGAUUCGGCGGCGGCCCGCGCCCCCCUCGGCAGGACGGCCAUGGGUUCUCCCACAGCCACCUCGCAGCUGCUGUACCGCAGCACCCGCCUGCUGCGCACGGCCUUCCAGCACCUCUACCAGCAGCAGCAGCGAGCCGACGUCUUCUGCGAUGCGGUCCUGUGGGCCGAAGGCGAGGCAGUGGUGGCCCACUGCAGUGUUCUCUCCGUCUGCAGCCCCUUCUUCAUGGAGCAGCUGGGCCGGGAGCUGCCCCCCCAGGGUCGCAGGGUGGUGCUGGAGCUGGCGGGGCUGAAGAUUGGGGUGCUGCGCAAGCUGGUGCGCUUCUUCUACACUGCCGAGCUGGAGGUCACGCAGGAGGAGGUGCACGAGGUGCUGGCAGCCGCCCGCCGCCUCCGUGUCACCGAGCUCGAGUCACUGCAGCUCUGGGGAGGACGCCUGGUGAGACUGAGACCCCAGCGGCAGCUCGACCGCUCCUGCCUGCAUUCCACUCAGGAAGUCUCCACCGUGGUGGCACCUGACACAGCUGAGCCUGGCAGUGCCAGCUCUGGGGUGUCCCCCCAGAGGCAGCCACACUCUCUGGGGCACUCACACCCCAGCCCCAUCGGGCGGAUGAGGCUGCGGAAGGUGGAGCGCUGGGGGUGCUGGGAGGUGGUGCGGGAGGCGCAGCCCCCCGCCGUGCCUCCGGCAGUGCUGGUGGGGGAUGUGGGGGUGACAGAAGCACAGACCCCCCAGGAUGUGGAUGCACGGGAGCAGGUGAGCGAGUGCUCCCCACCCCGGCAGCCCACCAGUGCAAAUGGGAUGCAGCAGCAUGGGGACUCCCCUGUGUCCUCACAGGGCUGCCAGCAGGCAGCACCCCCAGGGACCCCUGGAAGUGACACCAAGGAGGAAGAGGUGGAUGUGGGGACAGGGGAGCUGUUGCUGCCCCCUGGCACAGUCUGCCUCUGGCCCAGUCCCUCAUCUGAGUCAGAAGAGGAGGUGGAUGUCCUCACCUAGGGGGGGGCUGGCUCUGUCUCUCCCCCCAGCAGUGUCUGUACCCCUUGGGCUGCGUGUCCUUGGAAUAAA